CAGUUCUCGAGGCGGUUAAUUGCUCUCUGCUUGCGCGUUCGUUAGACGCGCCGCCUAGGCUUUGGCUUGUUCACUCUAAUGAUACGUCUCUGACAUUUUAAGAGGGUCGUGCAGCGUUGCUGCUUCACAUGUAUUCCGAUCCUGAAGAAGCGAUAAUCUAGAGGUUUCACAAAUAGUCUGUGCAACGUUACCGUUCACCUUUCGUGCAACGCCGAACUUCUUUACAACUUUAAGCCAACAGGCUUAGCAUAAGUUGCAUCUUGAAUCUUUCUUUCAUAUUCAAACCUUCAAUGGAUGAACAUGCAAAGCAAAAUAUUGUAGCAAUGUCAGCCCCACCACAGCCCAAGCGAGGCGAAAAUGUUUCGAAACAAAUCGCUUCGCUUAUCCAACUCAGUAGCAGUAGCGAGUCCGAGUCUGACUCUGGGUCUGAGUCGGAAUGUGAUCGAAUUUACGACGCCAUCAAGAGAGCCAGGGAUCUUAGUGGCCCGCCUGAUAAGAAAAGGAGAAAGAAGCUGGAUGAAUUAGGAGUGGUGUUGCCGUUGGGGCUUGCGGAACCACUCGCGGUGACGGAAACGCACCGAGGGACGGUGACUCAUACUGCGGUAGGAGCGGGAUUGCAGAGCUGUAAGCAGUUUUGGAAGGCAGGUGAUUAUGAAGGAGCUCCAUCUGGUGAUUGGGACUUCUCCUCUGGUGGCAUGGAUCAUGUGAGGGUUCAUCCCAAAUUUCUACAUUCAAAUGCAACCAGUCAUAAAUGGGCACUUGGAGCAUUUGCAGAACUUUUGGACAACUCAUUGGAUGAGGUCUGCAAUGGAGCUACAUAUGUUAAUGUCGAUAUGCUUGAAAGUAGGAAGGAUAGGAGCAGAAUGUUGUUGAUUGAAGAUAAUGGUGGUGGCAUGGAUCCUGAUAAAAUGCGACACUGUAUGUCUCUUGGUUAUUCUGCAAAAAGCAAAGUAGCUAACACCAUUGGACAAUAUGGCAAUGGAUUUAAGACAAGCACCAUGAGACUUGGAGCAGAUGUCAUUGUGUUUUCACGUUGUUAUGGAAAAGAUGGAAAAAGCCCUACUCAAAGUAUUGGAUUGCUAUCCUACACAUUUUUGAGGAGCACAGGAAAGGAAGAUAUAGUGGUGCCCAUGCUUGACUAUGAAAGAAGUGGACAAGAAUGGAAGAAGAUAAUAAGAUCUUCUCCUGGUGACUGGAAUAGAAAUGUGGAAACAAUUAUUCAGUGGUCUCCAUUUUCCAGUGAAGCAGACCUCCUCCAUCAGUUUGAUCGCAUAAAAGAUCACGGUACAUGUAUUAUCAUAUACAAUCUUUGGGAGGAUGACGAGGGACAGUUGGAACUCGAUUUUGACACUGAUAAGCAUGAUAUCCAGCUCAGGGGGGUAAACCGAGAUGAGAAGAAUAUACAAAUGGCAAAAAAGUAUCCUAACUCUAGGCACUUCCUGACUUAUAGACAUUCAUUAAGGAGUUAUGCUUCAAUUCUCUAUCUGAGACUUCCUCCCGGUUUUCGAAUCAUUCUCCGUGGAAAAGAUGUUGAGCACCACAAUAUAGUGAAUGAUAUGAUGCUGUCCCAGGAGAUUACAUAUCGGCCACAGCCUGGUGCUGAUGGGAUUCCGAAGGAUGUAAAUAUGACUGCUGUAGUGAUUAUUGGGUUUGUGAAGGAUGCGAAAUACCAUAUUGAUGUUCAAGGGUUCAAUGUUUAUCACAAAAAUCGACUCAUCAAGCCAUUUUGGAGGCUUUGGAAUGCUGCAGGAAGUGAUGGUCGGGGAGUUAUAGGGGUUUUGGAAGCCAAUUUUGUUGAACCAGCUCAUGAUAAGCAGGGUUUUGAAAGAACGACUGUACUUGCAAGACUUGAGACACGACUAAUACAGAUGCAAAAGAAUUACUGGUCCAACCACUGUCAUAGAAUUGGGUAUGCUGCAAGACGUAAUAAGAAACAAAUAAAUGAGUCUGAAGAUAGAGAAUCUUCUGAUUAUCAUCCAUUGGCUGUUGCUCUACCUAAGAAGAGUUCACUCACCAGCAGCAAGAUACCACCUUCAAAUUCAGUCAAAUACGAUUUGCGGUCAAAUCAGAGACAGGGAGGAAAAGAACCUGAAAUACCUCCUGGAAUGGGAACUGGUGGAGGUCAGAAUAGACAUGUCUCCAGCAAUGGCAGGAACAGGGUGAAGACUCUGGUAAAUCAAAGAAAAGAAGCAAGUCUUUCUGAACCAUCACCACCUCCUGCAGAGUAUGUUAGUGAUGAUGGUGUGCAUGUUGUGAUAACUGAGAGAAGAGUCAAUGGCAGUAGUCAAAAUAUAUUCCCUACUGAGAAAUCUUUUGAAAAAGAUGGGUUGCAUAGGACUCGUAUAUCACCAUGUUUGGACGAUAUUGAAUCUCAGCAAGAUUGUGCUUCAGGGGGGAGUUCUGUUAGACCACUGUUGCAAUCACAGCCAAAGGGAGGUGAUGUUAAUAAUCACGAGCAUUUACUUUCAGACUCAAAUUCAAGUUCUCUAGGACAGUUAAAGCAAGAGAAUUUUGCGUUGAGGGAGAGAUUAAAGGAAAAGGAAGGAGAGCUUUUAGGUGAAAAAGAUAAGUGUAGAUCACUUGAAGUUCAGCUUCAAGAGGCACAGCAAAAAAUUGAUGAAUUGAACAAGGAACAAGAGAGUCUAAUUGAUAUAUUCUCAGAGGAGAGGGACCGAAGGGAGAGGGAGGAGGAGAAUUUGAGAAAGAGGAUAAAGGAUGCCUCUGCUACCAUCCAAGAAUUGCUCGACAGGAUUAAGCUACUGGAAAGGAUGAAGGCUUCAAGCGCCUAACCCAGACUUUGAGAGCACUGCCACCUCCCAGUAUUCAUUUUUCCUGGGAGACUCUUUUAGUCUAGCUUUUGGACAUGUUUCUGGUGUCAUCCUCCCUCAAUUCUUCAUUUGUCAUGUUGAAGCAACUGACGUAGAAGUAGAAUAUUCUUUAUAUGUUUACUAACGGUGAGUUGAGGGAUGUGUUAUGUGGAAAAUGUAAAUUACGCAGACAUCAGCUGAGAAAUUUUUUUGUUAAA